CAUGUCUUUCCUUCCACGCCGAGCACUCCUCCGGUCCUCCCCUGCUGUGCGGGCCUACUCCGAGACUGCUGUUGAGCAGGCCCGUGCUCAAUGGCUUGCUAACCAGCAAGCUAUCGAACACCAUGCGCUGUGUAAAUCUACAUGUCCUUCCUGUUCUUCCCGACCGAAGGGGCUCAACGUUUCUCUCAGCUACAGCUGAAUUAUGGCGGAAGAUGAGCUACUAUGUCUGCAUUCCUGCCCUUGCAAUCUUUGGUACCUACGUCUACAACGUGGAAAUCGAGCAUAAGGCGCACAACGCUCACCUGAUGGCUGAAAACGAUGGAAAGCUCCCCCAACCGCCUCGCUUCGAGUACCUCAACAAGCGUAACAAGCCUUUCCCGUGGGGCAUGAACUCGCUGUUCUUCAACUCAUCGAUGCAGCGAGACAUGACCAUUGAGGACUAGAUUACGAUCAUGUGCAUCAAUCACAUCGCCAAAUACAAUUUCGUCCGAUAGAUGAUAUCUACGGCGUGAUACUCAGCCCUGCAUAUGCUUAGCCUGGCGCUCCUUGCGGAACAAGGCUUGGGCGAGGGCAACCAGCUGCAGGAUGCUCUCGGAACGAGCCUCCAUGUUCAUCACCGCCUUGUCUGACCUCUGACGCAGCGCCAGGACAAACUGGUCUCCAUCUUUGCCUUGGCCGUCGAGAAUCGGCUCAUCUCGGUUUCGGGGUAUCGGUUGAUGCGUCGUUCCAGUCAGCUCAGACAUCUCCUCGUCGGCGUCGUCGAGCUGUUUCAUGUACGACAGUUGCAUGCGCGCAAGCUCCUUUGGUCGCAUGGCGAGUAUGGCCGAGGUCGGCCGACCCAACGCGAGCU